CCGAUUUUGUGUGACAGAGGAAUAUGAGGAAACGGGAGGGGUGUCUGAUUGAACCAGCCUGCCUCCUGCUCAAUCAAGGAACUCCCAAGUCUGCACCUUCCAUUUCCAGCUAAGCGGACGGGGCACCGCAUUUCCUCACAUCCUUCCUUCAUAAUCUCUCUUCCGAGACCAAAGCCCCACCGACAACCAGGAAAUACUCCGCAGAAGGCGCGUGAAUGGGACUGGUAGGGGUUUCGGACCAGAGAGAACCCGAAACUGCCGCCAAUGCUUCUCCGGCAUGGCAGGAAAUGUUUCGGUCUGCGUCCCUGAGAAAACCCGACCCGUGUCCACAGAACCCGUCCCUGCCGAAGUCUUCUUCCUGCUCCUCCUCCUCUGGGGACAGCUCAUGGGAUCCACAGGUACGCCUUGCUAUCUACAUAGCCAUGGCACACGCUGGGUUUGCGCUCAUGCUUUUCAUCCUUUACGGUAUUUGUAAAUUGCUGGAAGAAUAUCUGAGGCCCUUUCUAUGGGCUUUUCAUUCUUUACGGUACUCUGUUCGAUCCCAUUGAGGGGAAUUCAACAGACCCUUGUUUCCUUUUGGUCUGAGCCCCUCAAACUUGGACUCACUGAGACCUUUUUGGCCAUCCCUGUGGCUAUUUUCAGGGUUUUCGUUGGAACCCUUGUUGACAUCAAGGAGAAGGUCCUAGGGGUUGUUCAAAGGAAAAACAGGCUAGGUCAAAUUAGGCGGCGUAGAAGCGGGUUCUUCAGACUGCUGAGAUUGCUAGUCUCCUUCUGGGUGUUCGUCAUUGCGUAUGAGCUAAUUGGGGGUGCGAGCUCCAUAGCACUCCUUGCUUUAGGGUUCUUGUUUUCAUCUUCGGGUGUUGAUUCCACCAUGAAUGCAGUCACUAAUCUCAGAAGUCAUAGCUUCCGCCGUUUGCCCAUCAGUUCUUUCUUCACUCGGGGGAUAUUAAAAAGGCUUAAGACCAUAGUGGCAAUCGGAUUGAUUGUCGGGCUGAGCGUUGGUUCUUUGUCUGGUGUUAUAUUCUUUUCAUAUAAGAUUGGGGUUGAAGGAAAAGAUGCUGUUUUUCGUAUCAAAUCACACGUAGAAGAGAGCAAUUACGCUGAGAGAAUCGGUGUUAAAAAAUGGAUGGAUGAGAACGACGUGACUGGAAUGGUUGAUAAGUAUAUGACUCAGAUAUAUGACACUGUUUCUGAUCAGAUCGAUAGCUACGCGUCACAAUACAACAUGACCGAGUUUGUUUCUGGGAUUAAACAGUUUGUGACAGCAUCUUCGCCAUCGUCUUCAGAGCGGUCCACGGUUUUGGCUCCUUCAUCCAGGUACACAGAAAAGAUGUUAAGCCUGAAGAGGCGGAUUAAGGAACGGGAAUGGGGACAAAUAUACUCUGAAGUGGAUGUUCUUUUCAGGGAGGUGUUGAUUACCCGGCAGGAUUUGGUCGACAAGGCAAAAGGGUUUGCACUUCAAGGAGUGAACGUGAUGCAACGUGUGUUGAUUAGCAGUAAAUCUGUUUUGGGUGGGAGCGUUAGGGUCGUGUUUGUGGUCUGUAAUUCCAUAGUUUCUGGAGCCGCUGGGAUUUUCAAUUUUGUGUCCCAGUCAAUGGUCUUCUUUUGGGUUCUCCAUUAUCUUAUCACAUCAGAAUCAGGUGGAGUGACAGAGCAGGUUAUGAACAUGCUCCCCAUUUCACCCUCCGCGAGGACUCGGUGUGUGGAGGUUCUUGACAAGGCCAUCUCAGGGGUACUAUUGGCAGCUGUACAGAUUGCUUUCUUUCAGGGGUGUCUGACGUGGCUCCUUUUUAGAUUGUUCUCUAUACACUUCUUGUACAUGUCGACACUGCUUGCAUUCUUAAGUUCUUUGUUUCCACUUCUGCCCUCGUGGAUAUCGACUGUUCCGGCGGCGUUGCAGUUGGUCUUGGAAGGGAGAUACGUCCUGGCGAUCAGCAUAUCAACCAUUCAUCUUGUGCUCAUGGAUUUUGGUGGCAGUGAGAUACAUGAGGAUGUUCCUGGACAUCAUAGUGCAUAUCUCACUGGUCUUAGCAUUAUCGGGGGGAUGACUUUGUUCCCCUCAGCAAUUGAGGGAGCAAUAAUGGGACCACUGAUUACGACUGUUGUGAUUGGGAUUAAAGAUCUAUAUGCAGAAUUUGUUUUGGAAGGACAAAAGAAAAAGGAUGCAUAGUGUCUGGUUUAUUUACUUCUUGCCACUUAAAACUAUGUUUCAAGUCAUUGUUGGGAUCAAAGGCGCAAAGCUUGGUGAACUCACAAUGUGCAUACUCAUUUUUUUAAACCAUUAUUGUUAGGUGUAUAUGAGUAAGAUAAGAUAGUUGUGGUGCUUGGUUUUGUAUAUUGUUAGUACAAAUUUUUCUGUGAACUGUUCUGUAAUGUUUUUUUUUUGUGUGUGUGGUGAGACUUCUUGCAUUAUCUCAUUGGGAGAGCUGUCUUCAUAUAUGUAAUUUUGUGGGGAAGUGUAGUUUAGUUAAUCAAUAUUCUUGUUGAGUUAUUGUAUACGAAGUAUGUGCUUUCUUUUGACACAUUUCAAACUGUUACCAAAAAAUAUGCGUCCUUCUCAGAUAGCUC